UAAGGCCAUAGCCAUAAACAGAACCGUUUACCGUUUGGUUUGAUCAUUUGCUACUGUCAUACGGCAUCGUUGUAUUUAGUUCUCCAUCUUCAAAGCCACGUUGUGCAAUUUUGUGAUUAUUUAAAAGAUUACAUUAAGAAAAAUGAUUCCACACGUGAAAGACAAAGCUGAACUCGACACAAAACUCAGCGAUGCCGGAUCUCAACUGGUCGUUAUCGAUUUCCACGCUACUUGGUGUGGACCAUGCAAAAUGAUCGCUCCAAAAUUGGAAGAACUCGCCAAUCAGUACACUGACAUACUCAUUUUGAAAGUUGAUGUAGAUGAAUGUGAAGAUAUUGCCAUGGAAUACAAUAUCUCCUCCAUGCCUACGUUCGUCUUCAUCAAAAAUAAGGAAGUCAUCACCACCUUCAGUGGAGCAAACUAUGAAAAGUUGAAACAAACAAUUGACUCAAAUAAAUAAAUACAUUUUCCAAUUUGCCUUCUAUAAAUUAUUCAGAUUGUAUUGAACAAAUAUUGUAUCCAUGUUAAAUUAAUUAUAAUGCAUAGAAUUAUCAUUUUAUACUUGUUCUUGCUAUUCUAAAUUUCCUGAAAUCAUUUCUAGCAGCACAUGUAAUUUGAGAUUGUGAAAUGUAUUGGAAAACAAUAUAAUAAAUUGUUAAAACUACAGUGAAUGUA